CAGAAUGCUUUACGGUCUCGCUCCAGUCAUGUGAUUUAACAGAUGACAAGAGGCAGGCUUCGAUAACAAACAUCACGUUGUUGUAACAUUUACUGGGUGCUUUGACAUGAAGCAAACUUCGUCGAGGAUUUAACAUGUGUUUCAAAACAUCCACUGAGAUAUAAGAACUGUUGGCCACGGAAAUUAUAUGAUUUGUUCUCACAAUGGCGGAAGUGGAGGACCAGGAGAGGAAGCCAAGUGAGGAAUUCACAGAUGAAUCCGAGGAGGAGGACAGCGAGGAGGAGCCCAAACUGAAGUACGAGAGGCUCUCCAACGGGGUGACGGAAAUCCUCCAGAACGACGCGGCCAGCUGCAUGACCGUCCACGACAAGUUUCUGGCUCUAGGCACCCACUUUGGAAAGGUCUUCCUGCUGGACAUCCAGGGAAAUGUAACGCAGAAGUUUGAAAUUAGUUCAGUGAAGAUCAACCAGAUCAGUCUGGAUGAAAGUGGAGAGCAUGUGGGCAUCUGCUCCGAGGACGGGAAGGUCCAAGUUUUUGGUCUCUAUACCAGAGAGGGUUUCCAUGACAACUUUGACUGUCCCAUCAAAGUGGUUGCGUUACACCCGCAGUUUAGCCGAUCCAACUACAAACAGUUUGUCACCGGGGGCAACAAGCUGCUUCUGUACGAAAGGAACUGGCUAAAUCGCUGGAAGACGUUGGUCCUACACGAGGGAGAGGGCACCAUCACUAACGUACAGUGGAGAGCCAACCUGAUCGCCUGGGCCAAUAACUUGGGAGUCAAAAUCUACGACAUCAGCACCAAGCAGCGAAUCACCAACGUGUUGAAAGACAACAUCAGCCUGAGGCCUGACAUGUACCCGUGCAGCCUGUGUUGGAAGGACGAUACGACUCUCAUUGUCGGAUGGGGUACUUCCAUUAAGAUAUGUGUCGUGAAAGAGCGCAACCCCACUGAAAUGAGGGAUCUGCCAAGCCGCUACGUGGAAAUAGUGUCUGCGUUUGAGACUGAGUUUUUCAUCUGUGGCCUGGCCCCGCUGGCCGAUCAGCUGGUCUCCUUGUUCUUCGUGAGAGAGAACGCCGACCAGAUGGUAACACGGCGAACGCCGUCCCGCGUGAACCCAGAGCAGGACGAGGAGUUCCGGGCGCGGCCCCGGCUGGACAUCAUCCAGCCUCUCCCCGAGGGCUGCGAGGAGAUCUCCUCGGACGCCCUGACCGUGCGCAACUACCGGGACAACGAGUGCAGAGACUACCGCCUGGAGCAUUCCGAGGGAGAGUCGCUCUUCUACAUCAUCAGUCCCAAAGACAUCGUCGUGGCCAAAGAGCGAGACCAGGACGACCAUAUCGAUUGGCUGCUGGAAAAGAAAAAAUACGAGGAGGCCCUGAUGGCCGCAGAGAUCAGCUUUAAAAACAUUAAGAGGCACGACGUUCAGAAGAUUGGAAUGGCCUACAUCAAUCAUCUGGUGGAGAGGGGAGACUACGAGAGCGCCGCCAGAAAGUGUCAAAAGGUUCUUGGGAAAAACAUGGAGCUGUGGGAGAAUGAGGUGUACAGGUUUAAGACAAUAGGGCAGCUAAAGGCCAUCAGUCAGUAUCUGCCCAGAGGAGAUCUGCGUCUGAGACCAGCCAUCUAUGAAAUGAUCCUGCACGAAUUUCUAAAAACUGACUAUGAGGGCUUUGCCACGCUGAUCCGGGAAUGGCCCGGAGAGCUGUACAACAACAUGGCCAUCGUUCAGGCGGUCAGCGACCACCUGAAGAAGGACCCCACCAACAGCACGCUGCUCACCACGCUGGCCGAGCUAUACACGUACGACCAACGCUACGACAGAGCUUUAGAAAUCUACCUGAGACUGAGGCACAAAGACGUUUACCAGCUCAUCCACAAACACAACCUGUUCUCCUCCAUAGAAGACAAGAUCGUCCUCCUCAUGGACUUUGACAAAGAGAAAGCUGUUGACAUGCUGCUUGACAAUGAAGACAAGAUAUCUAUUGACCGGGUGGUGGAAGAGCUAGCAGACAGGCCAGAGCUGCUGCAUGUGUACCUCCAUAAACUGUUCAAGCGGGACCACCACAAAGGCCAGAAGUACCACGAGAAGCAAAUAGGCCUGUAUGCAGAGUACGACCGACCGAACCUCCUGCCCUUCCUGAGGGACAGCACACACUGCCCCCUUGAAAAGGCUCUUGAGAUUUGUCAGCAAAGGAACUUUGUGGAGGAAACGGUCUUCCUGCUCAGCAGGAUGGGGAACUGCAGGAGAGCUCUUCAGAUGAUCAUGGAGGAGCUGGAGGAUGUGGACAAAGCUAUAGAGUUUGCUAAAGAGCAGGACGACGCUGAGCUGUGGGAGGAUCUCAUCUCUUACUCCAUCGAUAAGCCACCGUUCAUCACUGGCCUCCUCAAUAAUAUCGGCACUCACGUUGAUCCGAUUCUGCUCAUCCAUCGCAUAAAGGAGGGCAUGGAGAUCCCCAACCUCAGAGAUUCGCUUGUGAAAAUCCUCCAUGACUACAAUCUGCAAAUUCUUCUGCGAGAAGGAUGCAAAAAGAUCCUGGUGGCCGAUUCCCUCUCCCUGCUCCAGAAGAUGCAUCGCACACAGAUGAGAGGAGUCAGGGUCGAUGAGGGAAACAUCUGCGAGUCUUGUCAUGCUACAAUUUUACCCUCAGAUAUGGCCAAAGCCUUCAACGUGGUGGUUUUCCACUGCAGACACAUGUUUCACAAGGAGUGUUUGCCAUCUUCAGGGACCAUCCCUGGAGGGCAGUUCUGUAACAUCUGCAGUGCGAAGAAACGAGGGCCCGGAAGUGGAAUACUCGAGAUGAAAAAGUAACACAGUUUAAUGCGACCACAAUGCUAUUAUUGAUGCUUUUCCUCUCCUUUCCUUAUUGCUUCCCCAGUGUUUUGAUCAAUGGAAAUCCCAUUUCUGCUGUAGCUGAACUCCAAACUUGCAAAAAUGCUAAACAUUUUCAUUGGACAAUUUGCUGUAAAUUUACAUCUAACGGCUGUGAGGUGCCAUGCUUGCUCUGCAUGAAACUAAUACGAUUUUGAGAUUAAAAUAAAAUUGAAUGAAAGCUGUCUCUGUUAUUACUCGAUUGUUAUGCAUUUGUUCUACUUAUUGGAGUUUAUCAUCCUUUCUGGUCAAGUCAAAAUGUAUUAAAAGGGGGGUGAAAGACAUGUUAUGCCCUACAGUAAACCAAACUUUUUGUAUAUAAAUGGAAUGAGAGCAAAAAAUAAACCUGUCAUGGAAAGACUGGGAAAAAUAUUGUAAUAAAGAGAGAAACAAAAUCAGUUUCCUC